GGAACGCCCACGCGCGCAUGCGCAGACGCUCCGGUGCGCAUUCAUCAGACGGAAGAGAACACUGCGUCGAAAUGCGUUCCCGGCGCUGAGCGCGAUUCGGAGCCGCGCACGCGCAACUCGCACGACUGAAGCCCGAUGAAGGAGGAAAUUUCAUCUGCAGAACCCAGCUCCCAUUGGAGCGGAGAACGAUUAGGGGUGGAGCGCAUUGUCUGGCGCCUGCGUCUUGCCGGCGAGCGCGCUAGCGGUCGGCGGUGUUGCUGGCGGGAGAGACUGCAACGCCGAUGUCUGAGGAGCGAUGCCGAGAGAAAUCAUCACCCUACAGUUGGGCCAGUGCGGCAAUCAGAUUGGGUUCGAGUUCUGGAAACAGCUAUGUGCCGAGCAUGGCAUCAGUCCCGAGGGCAUCGUAGAAGAGUUCGCCACGGAGGGCACUGACCGAAAGGACGUCUUUUUCUACCAGGCAGAUGAUGAGCACUACAUCCCCCGGGCUGUGCUGCUGGACCUGGAGCCCCGGGUGAUCCAUUCCAUCCUAAACUCCUCCUAUGCUAAGCUCUACAACCCAGAGAACAUCUACCUGUCGGAGCAUGGCGGAGGAGCUGGCAACAACUGGGCCAGCGGAUUCUCCCAGGCACACACAUAGAAUGCUCAUAUGCCUAUACGUAUGCAUGGGUGACUACUCUGAGGUCAGCUCCUGUCCCAUGCUCUGUCCCACCUCACCCUUCUUCACAUCUGUCCAGGGAGAAAAAAUCCACGAGGACAUUUUUGACAUCAUAGAUCGGGAGGCAGAUGGCAGUGACAGUCUAGAGGGAUUUGUACUGUGUCAUUCCAUUGCUGGGGGGACAGGCUCUGGCUUGGGCUCCUACCUCCUGGAACGGCUAAAUGACAGGUACCCCAAAAAACUAGUGCAGACAUACUCUGUGUUCCCCAACCAGGAUGAGAUGAGUGACGUGGUGGUCCAACCCUACAACUCCCUCCUCACACUAAAGAGGCUGACCCAGAACGCGGACUGUGUGGUGGUGCUGGACAACACGGCCCUGAACCUGAUAGCCACAGACCGCCUACACAUCCAGAACCCAUCCUUCUCCCAGAUCAACCAGCUGGUGUCCACCAUCAUGUCAGCCAGCACCACCACCCUGCGCUACCCUGGAUACAUGAACAAUGACCUCAUCGGCCUCAUCGCCUCGCUCAUUCCCACCCCUCGGCUCCACUUUCUCAUGACUGGCUAUACCCCCCUCACCACGGACCAGUCAGUGGCCAGUGUGAGGAAGACAACAGUCCUGGAUGUCAUGAGGCGCCUGCUACAGCCCAAGAAUGUGAUGGUGUCCACAGGCCGGGAUCGUCAGACCAACCACUGCUACAUCGCCAUCCUCAACAUCAUCCAGGGAGAGGUGGACCCCACCCAGGUCCACAAGAGCCUGCAGAGGAUCCGGGAAAGGAAACUGGCCAACUUCAUCCCCUGGGGCCCAGCCAGCAUCCAGGUGGCCCUGUCAAGGAAGUCUCCCUACCUACCCUCAGCCCACCGGGUCAGCGGGCUCAUGAUGGCCAACCACACCAGUAUCUCCUCGCUCUUCGAACGGACCUGUCGCCAGUUUGACAAGCUGCGGAAACGGGAGGCCUUCAUGGAGCAGUUCCGCAAGGAGGACAUCUUCAAGGACAAUUUUGACGAGAUGGACACCUCCAGGGAGAUUGUGCAGCAGCUGAUUGACGAGUACCACGCGGCCACACGGCCAGACUAUAUCUCCUGGGGCACCCAGGAGCAGUGAGUCACGGACGACAGGGACCCUCAUCUGCCUUACCGGUUAGCCCAGGCCCUGCCAGGCUGACUUCCCCUCGGAGCACAGAUCAGGGACCUCACAAGUCCUCGCGUACACACGCACCGUCUGUCGGCUUGGGGGUGGGUUUACUUCUUCUCUGAGAGUAUUUAUCUUUAAUAAAGCACUGGAUGUAAACCAA